AGCAGGAAGUGGUGAUUCCCGCGGAGAGAUGGCUACGCUCGUCGCGCUGCCGCCGCUCCCCCCGCAGUUUAAGAGCAUCCAGCAUCACCUGAGGACGGCGCAGGAGCACGACAAGCGGGACCCGGUGGUGGCCUACUACUGUCGUUUAUAUGCCGUGCAAACUGGAAUGAAGAUUGAUAGUAAAACUCCUGAAUGUCGUACGUUUUUAUCAAAACUAAUGGAUCAGUUAGAAGCUCUUAAGAAAUAUUUGGGUGAUAAUGAAGCUAUUACUCAAGAUAUAGUUGGGUCUGCCCAUUUGGAGAAUUAUGCUUUGAAAAUGUUUUUGUAUGCAGACAACGAAGACCGUGCAGGGCGGUUUCACAAAAACAUGAUCAAGUCCUUUUAUACUGCGAGUCUCUUAAUAGAUGUCAUAACAGUGUUUGGAGAACUCACUGAAGAAAACAUGAAACACAGAAAGUAUGCACGGUGGAAGGCAACCUACAUCCAUAAUUGUUUAAAGAAUGGAGAGACGCCUCAAGCUGGACCUGUGGGGAUGGACGAAGAGGAUGCAGCGGAGGAGCACGAAGACGCGGGCGCCGCCUCGCUGCCCUCGCCGCCCGCCGCCGCCUGGCCUGCAGCCUACGACCCCAGCGCGGCCGGCAGCUCCGGGGUGCGGAUCCCCCCCGGCGCCCACGCCCCCGCCAACACCCCCGCGGAGCCGCACGGCGCAGGUGUAACAGGUAGCACUCUCCAGCCUUCCCCCCAGCCUCUCCCUGCCAUCGACCCAGCGCUGUUCACCACGGUUUCCCAGGGGGACGUCCGUCUGACAGCAGAGGACUUCGCGAGAGCACAGAAAUACUGCAAAUAUGCCGGCAGUGCUUUGCAGUACGAAGACGUGGGCACUGCCGUGCAGAAUCUUCAGAAGGCCCUGCAGUUGCUGACCACAGGCAAAGAAUGAGGCCCUUGUGCAGCAGCUUCGGGGAGCCCGGAGAUGAUCUCAGCCAGGCCCUCCAUUUCACCAAGGAUGCACUCGGGACCCGGGAGAUGCAGUUACUUGGUCACAUCACACAGCUGGUUAGUGCAAAAGAAGAACAAAAAAACCUCCAACGCCCAGACCAAGGAUCUUCCCACAGAAUAUACCUUGUUCUGAAGACUAAUUCAAAACUACUCUCAGCUAUCGGAGCACAUUCUUGAAAAGUGUCAUUUUCACCAAAAUAUAUGUCAGGCCACUAGAAUCAUCACUCACUCAGCCAUUUCAUGAAUACUCAUCAUUACCCUUGAAACCCUCAGGUUCCACUAAAGAACAAAGAUGUAUAUCCCCUCUGCUUCUGGAGCCCCCACGCUGGUCAGAGUGACAAGGUAUGGACACAGGCAAAGAUUUACAGCCUCCCAAGACAAGGUGUCAUUGAGUGCCCAAUAAUGAGAGGCAAGAGGAGGAGGUUUGGGCUGUGCGUGUGUGCACGGAUCAGGGCUCUGGAGAGCAAGAGGUGGGAGAGGCCGAGAAGGGCUCGAGGCGUCCCAGAGGCCUCGUGAAGAAAGCAGAUGGAAGAUGUCCACCGAGAAACAUCAGCCAGGCUGCCAGGCAACAAAGGUGUUUACCUGGGGUCUUAGAAGUGCAAUUCGGGAGCACAGAGUCAGGCAGCAGCACAAAUCGUGUCCCGUCUUGGCAUUUCCGGGCAGGGUUUUCAAGGAAAAGAAGAUUAGACUGGUUGUGGUUGGUGGAUAUUUGGGGAACUCCAGUUGGCCUUCAGGUUAGUAGUUAACUGAGUUCUUCAUCUUGUGGUUUGUUUUAUGGUCUGGGUGUCCUUGGGCUUUUGAGGAACAUGUCACUCGAGGCUUUUUACAUCAGCAGUUGGUGAUCUCUGCCUGGAUCUGCCUGAGAGUCACCUCCAGCAGGACCUCCUGGCUCCGUUUUAAGUCUCUUAGUCAUAGAAACUCUAUGGUAUUUCCUUUAGCAAAGACAACUGGGUUCUCCUGGUAUUAGUGGAGCUCCCACCUCGCUGCUGUCUCAUUUCAGACCCACUGUCCCGGACCCUGUGCCUCCCAGCCCUGCCAGGGCACCUGCUGUCUCGGAUGAGGCUGCUCAGUCCAGGGCUGUGACCUCAGAUGAAGAAACAGCCUCUUCAUUUUAUCAACCUCCUGCUGAAGUCUAGCGUUUCCUUCAAUUAUGAAUAGGAACAACAAACCAGUAUUAACAGUUUCUUUGAUUUUGCCACCAAAAGGAAUUACAGGUAUUUUCAUACCUCGUUUCAGUUUUUGCAGCCAUCACUGCUGCUCACCACUGCUGUGAACUGGGACAUUGUCAACCCCAGAUCUCAUGGAGUGUGUUACUGGGUCCGUGUGUGUGUCACUGGGUGCUGUACUACUAGAUCCCAGAUUUGGGAUUUUUUGUAUAUCUUUGUUAGUGAUUUCUACAUAAUUAUUCUAUCCACACUCCUGCUCUUGACGGGCAAAUGUCCACGCCCCGAUUCCCAGAACCUGUCAGUAUGUUACAGGACAAAAGGGACCUUGCAGACAGGAUCUGUAAGGAUCUUGGGAGUAAUCACGGGAGUUCUGGAAGGCCGUGGUGAGCAAGGGGGUGGCCGUGGGAAGCGCUCCGCCCGCCUGCCCUGGAGCUGGACGUUGGGGCACAGGCCAAGGAGCUGGAAGCACCAGAAACAGACUCGGCCCCAGAGCCCCAGGUCAGCCUUCGCAGCCGCAGGACUGUACGGUGAUCACCUUGUGUUGCUUAAGCCACUAAGUCUGAGCUAAUUUGUCACGGCAGCGAUAGGAAACUAAAUUUCAUUUUAAGCAUUUAAAGACAUUCCUCUGAGAAUUUCACCAGUCAAGGGUAAAAGUGUUCAUGCCCAAAGCAGGUUACAGCCUCCUGCCUUGGCGCUGUCUGCAGUCCUGGCUGCAAGGAGGACCGGGGUGGGAGGAAAGUCGGGUCCACGUCUAGUGGGACCCGAAGGAAAAGCCGUAUAUGUGCUUUUCACAGUUACCCAGUGUUCCAGUAAGAUGUUUUGUAGUGCAAUCUCAAGUACAGUUAUUCCAGCUCGGCUUUCCCCCCACUUCCUUUCUCAGUGCUGUGUAUUUUUUCUGGCUUUCACCGUUUCCCAAUCUGGAUCACAUUCAUACCUGCGACUCCUUCGGCAGGAGUGAGAGGCGAGGCACAGUGAUUUUAAUCCUUGUAGUUGACAUUAUUAUUUUAUGAGCUUCCAAGUGAACUCAGCAGCUGCUAAAAUACCGCGGGAGGAACUGUCUUAGGAAAAUGAAAACCCCACAAUGGGAACGGACGCCAAAGGAGCUGUGCCGCAUUCCCAGGGGUGAGAGGGUCCUGAUGACUGGUUUACUGGAAUUCUUGGGGCCAAUUUCUAAUCCCGUUACAAUAUGUUAACACAAAAGCAAUUUUAAAAAGAAUUCCCCUCUUCCUAUCUGUUACAUGGAAGUAGCACUUGUUCAAGUCUCUGACUAAUUAAAAUUCAAUGUGAGAUUUAGGUUCUGUGAAGUUCUAGAGAAAUGCUUCUUAUAUAAUUUUACCAGUGCGUUCUUAUCUGUUAUUUUGGAGUCUUCCACAAAAAAAAAAAAAAAAUCUCUUUUGUAAUUCUAAAAGAGAUGUUUCUUCCCUUCUGAACAACCACACUGUGUAAAAACCUGAAUGUUUUCACAACAGCAGUGUGGCACCAUUUGCAGUAAACUUAUCAGCACAAAGGCCACGGGCUCUCAUCAUGAGCAGUCUUGUUAAAUGUGUGCAUUAGAUCUUAAGAAAAUGAGAAAUUACAACUGCCAAUCGAAUCCUUUCAAGAUUGUAAAUUAUUGGUCAAUUUGCUUUUGAAAAUAUGCAUAAAACAAUUUCAUCAUUCUUUCCCAGGACCAGCUUUUGGAUAAUCAAAGACAAGUUGGUUUUAUCCAGGUCAGGAAUAUACAGUGUGUAAUAAAGUAUGAUAUCUGGACCUUGGGCAAAACUGAAAGCCAAAACUAGAAUGUUGCCAGCUUUCCACUGUGCAAGGUCUAAUUUAGCUAAUAAAUCUGCUUUCCAUUCUUCGUGAACCUUGAUGUGUUUUCAGGACAUCAGAACUCAUAUUUCUCUUGUUAGGAGGCUGCAGAGUCAAUCUGGCCUCUGGUACAUGAAGCUGUGUUAAAUGACAUUCUGUUUUUAAAUGGGAGAUUUUCAGAAUGUCUUGCAGAAACAAGGUGAAAAGUAAAUGAUGAUAAAAUUCAACUGAAAGAUACAUAGAAAUUUAAAUUGUGCUUUAUAGAGUUUUAAAUUCCUUUUUCACUAAAGCAAUUGCAUAAUCCCACACCCUGAAAAUCAUCCCUUACCUCUCCUAGCCACCUCAGCUGGGACCAGCAUAUUUUUGGUAUUUUCUUAUAGCUCUCCCUCAGUGCCUGUGCAUUAUAGUGGUACAUGGCAACAGAGAAGAAAAUGAUUUUUGGUGAUACAAACCAUUUGCACAUAGAUCUGACUAAUUACACUAAUUUUAAUCUUCUAAAUGCUAUUAUUCUCCUGCUAUUAUAAGCUAUCUGGAGGGGUCAUAUUAGCUAAGGCAUUAUGACAAGCGUACUCCAAAAUGCACUGGCUUCAACACGAUGGGAGUUUGUUUCUUGCUCAUAUGAGAGUCUAAGGUGGGGGUAGCUGGCUGGGAAGGUGGGGUGUUCGCCGGCAGGUGGUGAUGGGUGAGCCCAGCCGCCUCCCCGUGGCUCCACUUCGUCCACCGUCGACAUCCGGCUGGAGGACUGGGAAGGAAGACUCAGGAGCGGCCUGCCUCUUCCAGGCGCCAUCGGGGAGGCCCGGCCUCACGGCCUCUCCCAAACGCAAGGGGAGGUGGGCGUGAGUGUAGCCCUGUGCCCAGGAAUGAGAAGCUGAUUUGGGUGGGCAAGCUCUGCCUGGGGAGAUUUCUAGUAUUAAAUCAUUUUAGGUUGAUUUUCAUGGCUAUGAAACAAUAAAGCUUCUUAUCUCAAAUAAUUCACCUUCAGUGGUAAAAAUCCAAACCUUGUAAGAAAGAACAAGGAAGAAAGUGAAAAACACUAAAACCCAGAGGUGAUCACUGCGAACACGCUGAAAAACCAAGCUGCUGCUCUACAGGAAACGUAUUCAGUAUUACAUGGUCAUUUGGGUAAGAGUUUACAUCGGGUCAUAAUAAUACUCAUAGUUUUGGAUCCUGAAGGAAACUUAACUAUUACACAUUUUCUUCAUGUCAGUUUUAUCAAACACAAUAAUGUAAAAACUAUACCAUCAAUUUUAAUGCCACGUAGUACUCAGUUUUAUGUGUGCUAUAAUUUAAUCUCUGCCCUUUUUGUGAUUAUGA